GGUCUCUGGGUCUGUUAAAUUCAUCAGAGAUUUUGGAUUUAAUGAUGGGUGAGACAAGCGAGGACCUUGCCAGAGAGGUGGAAGACUUGAGAUCAGAGAACGAGUACUUGAAAGAUGAGGUGGAGGAGCUGCGCUGUGAGAUGUUGGAGAUGCGUGACAUGUUCCAGGAGGAGGAGGUGUACCAGCUGCAGGAGCUACGGCUGCAGCUGGAGCAGGCCAACAAGACGUGCCGUGUCCUGCAGUACCGCCUCCGCAAGGCUGAGCGCCGCAGCAUCAGGGUGGCCCAGACGGGACAGGUGGACGGGGAACUGGUCAGAACCAUGGAGCAUGACAUCAAGGUUGCAAAGAGUGUGUCCCUCCGCCUGCACAAUGAGCUAGAGUCGGUGCAGAAGAAGAACGCCCAGUUGGAGUGGGAAAACGAGGCGCUGCGAGAGAAGACACAAGAGCUGGAAGUGGCCAAGCAGGUCUUACAGGCUGAGAUGGAGAAAAGCAGAGAGAACUCACUGAGGAGGAAAGGUGUCAGGUCACCACCCAGCAAGACUGAGAAGAGGCUCUCUCAACAGAUCGAGGAUGACAGCGCUGAUCUCAAGUGCCAACUCUAUUUUGCCAAAGAGGAAUUAGCUCUCAUGUGCAAGAAGUUGACAAAGCUGGUGUCAGAGAGCGAGGGCAUGCGUGAGGAGCUGGCCAAAUACCACUCCACCUACGGAGACAUAGACGCCGCCCUGUCACCUGAGGGCAAAGUGAACUCUGCCCAUGCCAGGGAGGCCGAGGUCAAAGUUCACUUGAAGCUAGUCGAGGAGGAGGCCACGCUGCUGAGCCGGCGCAUUGUGGAACUGGAGGUGGAGAACCGUGGAUUGCGAGCAGAGAUGAGCGACCUUAGAGAUAAACUGGGAGGGGCAGGAGGGGAAGAGGAGGAAGAGGAGGCACAGGAAGUCGUGGCAGAAAAUCUGUUUUCAUCCACCCAGGUGAGGGACAGAGAGGGGAGGGAACAAAGCUUGAAAACAGGGCACAUGGGGUAUGGGCAGGGUGAGGAGAAAGCGGCCGAGGGUAAGGGUGUUGUUGAGACUCCUUUGCUCACAGACACCAACCAAGUACAGACUGAGGGGAUGGUUGCCUCUUGCCACAUUACCCGAGAGGGUCCUGUGGGUGGUGAGUGGGACCCGGCAGACAUCAAUGAGAAUGAUGCCAACAAAAAGGCGGACACAGGCCCUCAUGGAAUGACUGCGAAAGACUAUGAAACUCUCCUCGCUUUGAGAGACCAUUCCUUCAUUGUGAGUUCAGCCAUCCAGAUCCUAACAACACCCCCCAAAAAUGGACACUGCUCUUUGCCUUUAUCCGCUUUUGUCUCUCAGACAGAGGUAGACCAGGUGGAUAAGGCACAGGACCCAUUCCUGCAGGGGCCUUUGCAUGAGGCAUUAGAGCUGCUGCAGACGAUGUUACUGGCUUUCAUUGGCAGGGUGGAGAAGCUACUAACAGGAGGAGAUUUAGGUAGGCUUUGCCCUUACAAGGAAGGGCAGGUUUGGGAUUCCUGCAUCCUCUCCUUUGUUUCUGGUGGCUGUGCCACGCAUGAUGUGGACACUAAUAAUAUCACAGAGGCGCCAAAUAAGCAGGAGAGUGCUGAGGACCUCCGCACUACAGAGGUGAAGGAAAGAGCCAAACAAGCAAGACAAGGACCUCACUCUCAACUGGGCCUCAUCCACAACUGCAGGGACCCAAAAAGGCGACUCACAUUGCAGAUUCUCUGGGUGCUCCAUCAGAUGUGUCAAGUUAAAGGACCUGGUCUGGAAGGGAAAGAGACUAGAGAGAAAAUCAUGUCUGUGCUGCGCGAGCUGCUGCAAGACCUUCAGGAUGAGGGGACUGAAACUGACAGCAAGGUCGAGGCCACACGAAGCAAGAUAGCUGAGCGCACUGUCAGUAGUCUCUUGGAAGAGGAACGAUACCCUGAAACUGACAGGACGUACAGCUCUAACGGGAAAAGACUUCGGGUGCAGUUUUCUCCAUACGGCUCCAACAGGAAGAACUGGUGCUAUGUGAGCCAGGAGGCUGCUCAGCUGGACCAAGAGGACCCUGUUAAGACCUGGGACCAUCUAAUCAUGCCGCUUAGCUUUCCUGACCUUAACUUGGAGCAGAUGUUCUUGGAGAGAAGCCACACAGCUCCAGAGAAGACUGCCUUCCGCAUCUACUACAGCCCCCCAUCGGCCCGGAGAGUCCAGCUGGCUCAGCUGAAGCAAAGCCCCGUCACAGACACAGAUUCUGUCACCACAGUCUCUCCCUGGUGCACGCCACCCACCUCCCUCUCACCGCUCUGUCUGGGGUUGUCUGCUAACCUGAGUGACGACAUGAAGGAGAUGACAGCCAGCUGGAGGCAGUCGCUUAACUCCAGCUCACUGGUGAGGAGUGGGAGCCUAACUGGAGGAUGGGUGGAUGUGGUUUGUUCGGGCACCCAGACCCACAUGAAACCGCAGAUGGUGAGUGUCGGUCUGCAGACAGAUGGGCCGCAGGGUGUUGGCACUGUGAGAAACAGCCCGUCCCGGCUCCUCAACUCAUCCUUGGUCUCUGCCCGCACUCAGCACAUCUCCUCCUCCCUGGAGAGGGUGCAAGGUAGGGUCGAAAGGCCUAAACCCACCUCCACCUCCCCUAAACUGUACCGGAGACACUCUACCUCUGGCUCCUCCUCUCUUUCCUCCACCACCUCUUUCAGCACCUCCUUAUCAUCCUCUUCCUCAUCUGCGACCAGCUCCAGAGAACGAGCGUUGUGGAACGUGUCUCAUCAAAGUCACACUGGCAUGACGUUCACCCGGUCAACUAACAGCAGGGCAGCCGGAGGACAGAACAACAGCUCUCUCAGUAGUGAGGUUUCAGGCCGGAACACGAAGCCCCACGGGAAAUCUGCAGGAGGCAACCGUUACGGCUUGGUCACAGAGUUCCUGCGCAGGGUGAGCGGCCGGGCAGACAAACCGGUACCAGGAGCAGGGCAAAAGGCGGGGAAGAGCAGCCUUAAAAACCUGGAGCGUGUUCCCCCGCGACCUUCUGCUAUCCCAUUGCACAGGACUGACAGCGUGACCAGGAUCGUCAACCAGAGAUUCAUGAAGCAGAGAGAGGAGGCCGCUCGUGUACAGAGAGAAGCCCAGGAGAAGAGCAGCGGUGUGAACCAAGCUGUCAGAGCACCUGUCAGCAGGGAGCACAGCCUGAACUCCAGCACAACAGAGGACGGAAACUACGAGUGCAGCUCCAGCAGCACCUUGACUUUCUGCUUUGCCCGGCCAUCUCGCUCCAGCCAGCGACAAGCCUCAAGCCAGAGCAAGCUACAGCGCCGCAGAUUCUCCCCACCAGUCAGCGGGGUUAGAGAGCUGUGAGUGAAGGGCAGGAGCUGCAGGGGGCACAGAUACCACUGGACAGCUGGCAGCGGUCAGAGCCAUGGGAAUGGAAUUUAAAAUGUAGUUCUAGUGAAAUAUGAUAAAUGGAGAGGAUAUGGGUAAUGUCGGGUUGAUUGAUUAUUAGGAUCACUCGCAGGAUGGGAUACAGGAGUGAUUUGGAUAGACUGUGUAUGGAAUGUGUAGAAAUAUUAUAAGUAGUGUGAGUUAUCCUGAUAGUUUAGUCCUGUAAUAUAUAUAUAUUAUUUUUUACUGGUGCAAUUCAGAACACUCAUCCCUCUUGACAGGUGGGCUUAAUCCUUAGUUGAUUUACUAGAAGCGACGCUGCAAAUUGUUGAUGUUUC